AUGGCAUCAAGUAAUCCAAAACCCACAAAAUGGACAAACACAAACAUUGAGCAACAGAGUCACAAACAAGGACAGAAUCUAGAAACAUUUGCUCUCUUAUGGCUCGAUCAGAAUGUGAAUAAAAGCACAGACAAUUUAGAAACACAAGCACAAUUGCGGAGAUCCAUCAACUGUUUACUGACGUUCGAAAGUGGAAAUGAGUGUGAAGAACAUAUUCGAGAAAGCAAAGAUGAAAAGAUUGUUCUAAUCGUGUCUGGUCGAUUAGGCAGAGAGAUUGUCCCGAGAGUUCACGAUUUACCUCAGUUAAGUGCCAUUUACGUCUACUGUAUGGACAAAAUAACAAAUGAAAGAUGGGCAAAAUUUUAUAAAAAGGUAAAAGAAUAG